AUGUGCCUCAUAGUUGGAUCGGCGGUGAUCUCUUUGAUCUCUGCUUUUUGUUUGUUUGCUUGUCUGUUUGUCGAAAUUGCCUUCUCCUCCCCAGGGUCUGCUGGUGUCCAGUUGGCGACCUCCGAGUCGAAUAGUCUUGUCUACCACUUGACCACUUCAGGUGGCUCGUUCUCUCGUCAGCUCAACUCACUCUCGCCCUCUGCACGCUCUGGUGAUAUGAGUCUUUCUUUCGUCUCUUCCGGAUCUCCGCCCUCCUGUCCGGCCUCGAGGAUGUGUGGAGGUUUGCUGGGUCCUCCGGUGCCUGUGCACAAGGCAACUCGAGAGGCCGGCUCGGCGUAUGCACUGGGGCAGCAGCAUCGUCUCCAGCACCAGACCGGUCAUCAGUCGGCUUCAGGAACCACUGGACAAACGCAGAUCUUCUCGCCAACCGGACACGUCGGAGUCGGUGGCGGUGGGGCCAUCUCGGAAGAGGACGCCGGCAUUUCUUCGUCCUCCCCGGCCAGCAGUGCAGGCGUCCUGGCCACCCCGAAAUCCUUCCCCACC